GAAGGGGAAGCCAAAUCGAUGGCGGCGGCGGCGGCCGGCGGCGAGAACAGCGGCGCGGGCGCGGGCGCGGGCGAGGGCGAGUUCUACCUGCGGUACUACGUGGGGCACAAGGGCAAGUUCGGGCACGAGUUCCUCGAGUUCGAGUUCCGCCCCGACGGCAAGCUCCGCUACGCCAACAACUCCAACUACAAGAACGACACCAUGAUCCGCAAGGAGGUCUUCGUCUCCCCCUCCGUCCUCCGCGAGGCCAGGAGGAUCAUCCAGGAGUCCGAUAUCAUGAAGGAGGACGACAGCAACUGGCCUGAGCCCGACCGCAUCGGCCGACAGGAGCUCGAGAUCGUCAUGGGCAACGAACACAUUUCAUUCACCACUUCCAAGAUCGGCUCCCUCGUCGAUGUCCAGUCCAGCAAGGACCCGGAGGGACUCCGGAUCUUCUACUACCUCGUCCAGGAUCUGAAGUGCUUCGUGUUUUCACUCAUCAACCUCCACUUCAAGAUCAAGCCAAUCCAGUCUUGAGCUCCAUCUCAAGCCUUCAUGCGACUGUUUUGGAGUGUUUUAAGAGAGAACCUUGUACCAUGUUAAGAUGAUGUUGAGCUUGUGACGAUGCGCACGGUAGAAGUGGAACCUUUUUUUUUUUUUGCGGUUGGAUUGUGCAAACUGCGAGCAGUAGUGAGUGUGGUAUAUUUGUGCCUUCAGUUUCCUGUUGGGUGGAGUGUUCUUGUCGUUUGGCACGGCACACUAGUAUUCUUCUCUGUUAUCAGCGCUCUGUUGAAGGAUGGAAUGGAUAUCCAGAUUGUCUGGGACUUGUGGUGAUGCAGAUCCAGCCAGUAACUAGUAUGAAUUUCUCUAGUGGGGUUGUUGGGCUGCUAAAAACCGCCGGACUGAGCAAAGGAACCUUGCGUCUUUGUGUAAAGCAGCAGUCGAAUCUGUGUGUGUGUGUUUGUGAUUAAAGUCGUCAUUCGGUCCU